AUGCUUGAGAUCGUGACUUUGCAAUUUGGCCAUUUUUCUAAUUAUGUUGGUGCGCACUUUUGGAACAAUCAAGAGGAAUAUUUUUCAUUUGACACUGGUCAACAUGCUCAAGAAAUCGAAGUUCUUCAUGAUACUCUCUUUCGUGCGGGCGUUACUCAAAGUGGAAUCGAAACUUAUACUCCACGAUUGAUGGUUUAUGAUUUGAAAGGUGGAUUUGGUUCUAUUAAAAAGAUGAACAGGCUUUAUGACGAGAUUUCAGAUUAUCAGAAAGAUUGUAAUUGUGUAUCUGCAUCUCGCUUCCACGAUCUAGUUGUUAGGAAUUGGAAGUCUAAAACUUAUGCACAGACUCCUUAUCCGAAGAAUGAAUAUUUGCAAAGUUUGGAAGAAGAGGAAGAAAAGGAUCUUUCCGCUGAAUAUACAAACAAUAUGGAAAUUGAUUCUACAGAAAGAAUUUUUGAUUUGGAUGAGACAGUGAAAAUGUGGUCUGACUUCAACAGAAUUUACUAUCAUCCAAAGAGCAUCAAUACCAUUUCCAAUUAUCAGUUUGAUGAUGAGCUUAUGCCUUUUGACGUCUUUUCUUAUGGGAAAAAUGCGUACCUUAGCCAACAAAAGGAAGAAGAUUCUUUUGAAGAAAAUUUUAGAUUUUUUACAGAAGAAUGUGAUGCAAUACAGGGAUUUCAAGUAUUGACAAACAUCAUUGACGGAUUUGGAGGAUUUACAUGCAGUUUCAUUGAACGACUGCGUGAAGAAUAUCCAAAGACACCCGUUAUUAGUUUUGGUAUUACCGAUGGUCAGGAAUGGUCACCAGUAGGACAUCAUAGAUAUUUUAAGCAAAUCAUGAAUUCAUCUCUCAGCACCAUCUAUCUUUCAGAGCUAUCGUCGUUGUUCAUUCCUUUGAAUGUUCACACAAAUCUUUUAAGACAUGGCUCAACCAAAUUUAUUCAACCGACUAUAAAUUUGCCAUAUCAUUCAAGUUGUGUUUUAUCCGCUGCAAUUGAAACAUCCACAUUUCCUUUUAGAUCACGUCGUAAUACUAUACAUAUGCAUGAUUUUGUUACUCGACUCAACUGGCAUGGAAACACAAAAAUAGGAACUCUUGGCUUCGCAUUUCCGUUACCAAUGAGUGUAUAUGGUGACAUAGAUACCCAAACGCUAUUGCCCAAUGAUGAUCGUAGUGUUUUAAAUGAUCUCUCACUUCCUCCUGAGCCUCAUACGUCAAAAAUUUACGGACAGUCUGUGGUAGUAAGAGGAAUUCCUGAUGAAUUUCGCGCAGUUUCAGGGAUCGAACAAAAGAAAUCAUCUGAUGUUAUUUCUGAUAUGUUCGGACGCUUUCAGUCUCUGGGGAGUUAUAGUAAUUCUUUUUUUUCAACUAAUGUUUUCUAUCCUAUUCCAAAUUCCUUCCCCAAUAUAUUCAAAAAUUUGAAUUCUGAUGGAUACAUUGACGAGUCGGCAAAGUUUAUAGACACUCGUCAAAUUCAUUUUGUACCAACUUUGUCUCAUCUCACCAUAUCCACCAGAGUUCACAAGCUUUUGCAGAAUUAUAAAACUGAGCUUCAAAAGGUCAAUUUCAAUUUUUUUCCAGAAUUUGGUGAAGGUAGUGAAGGUUUAUCUUCUGAUGAUUUCAUAGAAGCGAAGGAAUUGUUAAGCAAUCUUUGUGAAGUUUAUGAAGAUUAG